AUGUUCCCUCUUCGACAUUAUUCCGUUAUUCUACUGGCAACAGGUCCUUGCACUGCCAAAUCCCUGUGGUCAUCACUACCAGCGACAAACUACGCUAAUGUAAUUCGAGAAGCAUACCUACUUGGAAAUGGGAAGCUCGGAGCGAUGCCGUUUGGCUCUCCCGGUAAUGAGAAGAUUAUACUGAACGUAGAUUCGUUAUGGUCUGGGGGACCUUUUGCUUCCACUAGCUACGUUGGAGGCAAUCCCAGCGAGGAAAAAUAUUCAUAUCUUGCCGGCAUUCGCGAUUGGAUAUUCCAAAAUACUACAGGCAAUGUAUCCCAACUCCUGGGUAGUGGGGAUAAUUAUGGAUCUUACCAAGUCAUGGGCAACCUGUCGAUAUCAUACAACACCAGCAUCCAGCAGGGAUCCUACCGGAGAGAGUUGGAUCUCACAACGGGAUUACACGCUACGAGAUUCACCGACGUGAAAGGAGUAAGCUUCACGAGUACUGUAUUUUGCAGUUUCCCCGACCAAAUUUGCUUGUACCAGCUCAACGCCAACGCCACGUUACCGCAGCUUUCGAUCGAAUUGGAAAACAAAUUGCUCAAUGAUACACUCGUCCAGUCUUCCUGCGUCGAUGGAUAUGCCAAGCUCAGCGGCGUCACCCAAGUUGGACCUCCAGAGGGAAUGAAGUUCGAGAGCGUGGCGAGGAUCGUUGGAUCUAGUAAUCUGACCAGGUGCGAGGGCCGAGAAGUUAUUGUUCCUUCAACUCCAGGAUUGAGGUCUUUGAGUAUAGUGGUAAGCGCAGGGACCAACUAUGAUCAGACGAAGGGCAACGUAGCCAAUGCCUUCUCGUUUCAAGGCGAUGAUCCGGUGGAAUACGUUCAGGAUGUGACGGCAGCUGCUGCAUCUCUAAGUCCUAGCGCGCUCCAGAAAAGACACGUCAACGACUAUCAACAGCUUUCGAAUAGUUUUGUGCUGGAACUACCUGACCCAAAUGGUUCAGCUCGGAUCGAGACUGCGACUCUACUUGAUGGCUAUAAUUCUGCAGCAGGGGACCCUUUCGUGGAAGGUUUACUCUUUGAUUACUCGCGACAUUUACUCAUCUCGUCUUCUCGCGAGAACUCGCUUCCUGCGAAUUUGCAGGGACGUUGGAGCCCCGAUUUGACUGCGGCCUGGUCGGGCGACUACCACGCCAACAUCAAUUUACAGAUGAACUAUUGGGCUGCUGAGCAGACUGGACUUGGAGAAGUCCAAGAUGGUCUCUGGCGAUACAUGCAGGAUACAUGGGUGCCUCGAGGAACCGAGACCGCAAAGCUACUAUACGGAGCACCUGGUUGGGUCGUCCAUGACGAGAUGAACAUCUUUGGACAUACGGGCAUGAAAGAAGAGGCGCAGUGGGCCAACUACCCAGCUUCAGCUGCCUGGAUGAUGCAGCACGUCACAGAUCAUUUCUCAUACUCCCAGAACGUUACCUGGCUGCAACAGACAGGCUACCCUCUCCUCAAAGGGGUCACUCAGUUCUGGCUAUCGCAACUUCAAGAAGACCGCUUCUGGAACGAUGGCAGCCUUGUUGUCAACCCUUGCAACAGCCCAGAGCAUGGCCCUACGACCUUCGGCUGUGCCCACUACCAGCAGCUGCUCCAUCAACUCUUCGCCAACAUGCUUAUCCUUGGCCCUCUCGCAGAAGAGCCCGACUCCGCAUUCAUCAGCAACAUCAGCACUACGCUCACACGACUCGACAAAGGCUUCCACAAAACCUCCUGGGACAGCGUCGCGGAAUGGAAACUCCCGGACCCCGAAGCCGCAGAGGUCUACGAUGUCCAGAACGACACCCACCGCCACCUCUCGCACCUCUGGGGCUGGUACCCAGGCCUCACGCUCGCCUCACGGUCCGGCUCCUUCCUAGGCGGCUACACUAACACCAGCAUCCAAGAGGCAAUCGAGACAUCGCUCUACUCGCGCGGCGUAGGCAACGGCCCCGACGCCAACGCAGGCUGGGCCAAGGUUUGGCGCUCCGCAUGCUGGGCGCGCCUGAACAACACGGAGCGCGCAUACUUUGAGCUGAAGUACGCAAUUGAGCAGAACUUCGCAGGGAAUGCGCUGAGCAUGUACUCUGGGACGAACCCCCCGUUUCAGAUCGACGCGAAUUUCGGGCUGGCCGGGGCGGUGCUGAGUAUGCUUGUUGUGGAUGUUGAGGAGGUGGGGAUGAACGGUGGAGGGGAGAGGACCGUGGUGCUGGGACCGGCGAUUCCGGAGAGUUGGGGUGGGGGGAGCGUGAAGGGGUUGAGGUUGAGGGGUGGCGGGGAGGUAGAUUUUGGGUGGGAUGAGAGUGGAUUGGUGAAGAAAGUUGAGGGGAGGGCAGAGGGAGUGGAAUUUGUAGAUAGAGACGGAAGGGUGCUCUAA